CUGCAAAACGUUUUGGUAGUGUUGGCAGGGGACUCGUUCUCUUUGAGAGCUCAUUUUGCUUCUGGUUUAUGUUUCAAAGGCUUCUUACAAAACUGUAACCAAUAGCUGUUGGGUUGAGAUUUCCUCCCCCUCCGAGUUUUUAUUUUACAGAGUUAUGGCUAUAGAAAAGUAGUUUCAGCUCAGUGCCGACAGUUCAGAAGGCUAAUGUGGAGUGAGAAGAAUUCUAUCCAGUAUCUUCUUUUGAUAAAAUGCAAAGCUUGGAAAAGCAUUCCUUUACCCAUCUUUAAAUUUGUUCUUUUUCCUUCCCCACACGCCCUCCAGGGAAGCUUAUGCUAGAGGAAAGAGAGAAAGGCCUCCAUUUUAGGAGCCAUCCUCCUCCUCUUCUGAUGCUCCUAUUCCAGAUGAGCUGUUAUGUCUCAUUUGUAAAGAUAUAAUGACUGAUGCAGCUAUUCUUCCCUGCUGUGGAAGCAGUUAUUGUGACGAAUGUAUUAGAAUGGCAUUGCUGGAGUCUGAGGAAUAUACAUGCCCAGCGUGUCAUCAGACAGAUGUUUCUCCUGAUGCUUUAGUUGCCAACCAGAGCCUGCGCCAGGCUGUGAACAACUUCAGAAAUGGAGCUGGCUACACAAAAAGGCUCCGUAAGCACAUUCAGCAGCAGCAGCCGUCGCCACCACCUCCAGCACCACUCACGACUGUUAUCCCUCCUGCUGCUUUGGUGACUGCUGCUCAACUGCCUCAUUCUUCCUCUCUGUCAAUCAGCAGCUUGUUGGAAGAGAAGGAGUUCGCAUACCUACUCCAAGCCAAGAUCAGGUCCUUCCUGCACUGGCUGCUACUCCGGAUCGUGCAGUUGUUCCCAUUCACAUUCCAACUUGCCAUCACUGCAGUAUCCUAGAAGAAGCAGAAGGAAGAGCCGUGACUAUUCCAGGAGAAGGUCACACGGUCGUCACUGUUCAAGGUCAAGGUCCCCCCAACAAAGAAGACACCACUGAUGGUCAAGGACCUGCCCCAGCCCUCUCCCCAUCCCUGUUUCUUGUUCCAUUCAUUAAAAGGUCUGGGUGUUUGCUUCACAGCAC